GUGCUUGAGCACAUUUUGCUAAUGCCAAUAUUCAAUUUUGUACGGAGUUAAAUUAAAUAUUUCCGAAACUGUGUUAAAGUUUUUUACGUAAUUCGUGAAUGAAUUAUAAACUUUAAACAUAAUUCGAUCAAACUUGAUAUAUUAUAAAAUGCAACGAACAAUGAUAUGUGUUUAUAUGAAGUUGUUCAAGAAAUUCUUGAUGCCGUGUGGACUAUGUGCUGCGGUACCAGUAAUGAAACCUGUCAAUCCACAAAAAGAACAAACUACACCAUGUAGUAAUGAAACACAACCAAAGAAAUUAAUAAAACCGUCUGAUCUGCCCAUUUAUUCUGUUGAUGAUGGGCAAUCUAAACAGAUGCCAUGCAUAGAAGAACAACCAUCUAUCGUGGAGGAAAAUAUUAGAAAAGCACGCCAAUCGGUGCAGGGAUUAAAAGUUGUCUAUGAUGACGUUUCCCAUAAUGUUUCAUUGGCUGUUGAAAAUUUUAAUUUUGUAAUCGAUUACCUGCAAGAUAAAAGCAAUUUUUUGCCGCGAGUAGGAGCUGUCGGUAUUGGUGGUUUAUCAGGAUUGGUACUAGGUCUUCGAGGAGGAUUCUUUAAACGUUUACUUUAUACUUCUGUGGGUGCUGGUUUUGUAGGAUCCAUUUGUUUCCCUCAAGAAACAAAAGAAACAUUUAACACAGUGGAACAUUAUGGAAAUAUUGGUUACAAUUUCAUUUGUGGUGUGAAACCAGGCGAUAACAAAACGGAAAUUUCACUUAACGAUUUCCCAUUAUUGAAAACUAUAGUUGAGUCAGAUUUUUAUCAAAAAGUGUCUCAACUUUUUGAAAAGAUUCCGUCGAAUACUACAACUGAAAAAAUGGAGGAGAAAUCACCUGAAAAUAAAUCGAAGUGAAAAAAAAAUGAACUAUUGUA